CUCUUCCGGAAGUUAUCUCCCUUUUCACAAGUUUCAACCGGACGAUAAGCAUGGCAGGCAAGCAACAACAAAUCGACGUUUCCCAGUUACCAGCGCCUCAGCUGAAUCAGUUGACACAACAGUUAGAUCAGGAGAUAGAGUUCUUUUCAAACUCUAUGAAUCAGCUGAAAUUGGCUCAAGGAAAGUUUGUCGAGUCCCAGGAGUGUUUGAACAAAGUCAGCCCUGACAAUCUAAGUAAAGACAUCUUAGUGCCUCUCACCAGCUCGAUGUAUGUUCCUGGGCAGUUGAGUGAUGUUCAAAAUGUGUUGGUGGACAUUGGAACUGGGUACUAUGUAGAAAUGGAAGUGAGCAAAGGAAAGCAAUACUUUAAAAGAAAAGUAGAGUACAUUACAAAACAGAUGGAAAAGAUCCAGCCUGUUUUACAAGAGAAAUACAGGAUGAAACAAGCCACUGUGGAGAUUCUUCAGAGCAAAAUCCAGGCGAUGAGUCUACAACAGCAAGGUGCAGCUGCAAAAGCCUGAGACUAGUGACAUCCCAUCCUUAUGUGUCAUUCUGUCUGUUGUCUGUCCUCCCUGUCCAUUUGCUUUGUGACUCAUUUUGUAUAUAACGAAACUUUAUAUAAAAUAUGCCAUGUUGUAUGCUCAAA